GUAAACCAGUCAGGAAGUUAAACGAAGCAAGUCAAAAGUGACCAGACUGUCCUGGCUAGCUAACGAAGGCUACACUACCCAAGGGAAAAAAAUACCUACUUUUAUUAAGGUUGCUCGGGGGUGUUUCAGUACUUCGUCUGUCAUUGUUUAUCCAUUUGCUAACAUACAUGAUUUGUUGUCGUGAAAUCACGGUUUAUCUCUCUCACUCACCACUCGCUUCCAGCUAAUUUGUACAUAGCUAGUUAGCUAGCUAGCUUGCUAGUUACGUCGAGAACGGACGACGAGACAAGCCUAGAAGUGCAAGAUGACUGAGUAUAAAUUAGUGGUGGUUGGUGCAGGCGGUGUUGGCAAGAGUGCACUCACCAUCCAGCUCAUCCAGAACCACUUUGUGGAUGAGUACGAUCCGACCAUCGAGGAUUCGUACAGGAAGCAGGUGGUGAUUGAUGGCGAGACGUGUCUGCUGGACAUCCUGGACACAGCAGGGCAGGAGGAGUACAGCGCCAUGAGGGACCAGUACAUGAGGACUGGCGAAGGUUUUCUCUGCGUCUUCGCCAUCAACAACAGCAAAUCUUUUGCUGAUGUGCAUCUCUACAGAGAACAGAUCAAGAGGGUUAAGGACUCUGAUGAUGUUCCUAUGGUACUAGUGGGUAAUAAAUGUGAUCUGGCUAGAACUGUAGACACAAAGCAGGCACAGGAACUUGCCAGAAGCUACGGCAUCGAGUUUGUUGAAACCUCUGCCAAGACCAGACAGGGAGUGGAAGAUGCCUUCUACACACUGGUUCGAGAAAUCCGCCACUACCGCAUGAAAAAGCUCAACAGCAGAGAGGACCGUAAACAGGGCUGCCUGGGCAUCUCCUGUGCCGUCAUGUGAUCAGGUCCAACCAAUCAGACAUUUCCGCGGCAUAACGAGUGGGGCAUUGGUCAGGUGGUCUGAGAGGCUUUCUGACCUGGCACUUUUUUUUUUUUUUUUUUUUCUUCUAGUUUGUGUGUGUGUGUGUAGUCGUUUCCACACACACAUAAUCUGGACUUGUCUCUCUCCUAAGAAAAAAAAGGGUAUCCGCAGUGAGGCCCCCUGCUGGUCUGCCUUGGGCAUUGCAGAGUACUCGUGAUUGUUGCCUUUGCUCCCUGACAAAGGAGGACUGAGGUGCUGACAACAGUUCAGCUCUGCGUUUUGUACUGCAUGUGUGUGAGGGGAUUCAAAAUUCUCUCCUGCCGAUGGGAUUUUGUGUCAAAGCUCAGGAAUAAACAUGUCGUGUGUGUGUGUGUGUGUGUGUGUGUGUGUGUGUGUGUAUGUGUGUGCGCCGCCUGUUUGAACUCCCAACCGUCAGAGGCAGUUGACACAUCUCAAACUUCCCUUUCUCAGUGUGUCGUUUGCCACCAAAAAGGUCUUGGCACCUGUCACCUCACCUCCUGUAGCCAAAAGCAUUCUACAGACUGGGAUGUGCAUUAGUAGACACCAUGGUAGUUUUUGGAAGAAAAAAUAACAAACACAAGUGGCUUUUCAGAUGGGACGAGGAUGAACUGGACAAGAAACAUUUCAUCAGAUGCUGGCUGCAACCCUCUUGUGCCUCUUCCUGUUGCCUUGUCCUGAAUGAACAGUCUGUCUUCUUUCACCUUAUCUUCAUUUCGUUGAUGGAUUUUGUCCUGUUCUACUGAGCUGUUAAUGGAGGCAGUUUGGUGUGGGAAUCGGAAGCAGGAUCAUCUGUCAUACCUGAUACUUACAGGAAAACCGAAGUCAUCAGUGCUUUAUGAUUUGAUUUGCCCAGAAGCUUGGCGGGAUACUGGAAGCUUCAUUUUCACAAUACAGUGUCUUACAGUUUCCUACUUUUCAGUGCGGCCAUUACAGGCGUAGCACUACAUGUGUGUUUUUGUUUUGUUUCUUUGUUUUGUUAUGUUUAUUAUUUACAUGCAAAUAUUGUACUGUGUUUUAGUUGCCAUAAAAAAGAUUGUUUCAUCAAAAUCUUGCAACAUCAGAACCCCAAAUGGAAAGACCAAAAUGUCAAGCAUUUCCUUAGCCAGUGCUGUAAUUAUAAUUGUGUGUGUGUGUGUGUGUGUGUGUGUGUGUGUGUGUGUGUGUGUGUGUGUGUGUGUGUGUGUGUGUGUGUGUGUGUGUGUGUCAGACAUGACCUAGACACCCCCAGUUGCUAAUUGUCUGAAAGAACAGUCUUUUCAAUCAUGACAUUCUUUUAGUUUGUUAUUUUUUUUAUUAUUAUUUUUUUUUUAAUUGUGCAUUAUAUUAAUCCUAUGAGAUGAAAGGAGCCAGAAUGUUGCCAAACUGUCAAGGGGGUCAAUAUUCCAAACCUACACAUGGACAUGAGCAUCUAGAAAUGCUGAGGUGCUGAGACUGGUUUGCCUGUGCCUUUGCAUUGGGUGGGAACUGAUUGCAUCCUGUCAACUUGAUUUUGUACAACUGUAUCAUGGAUAUAAUGUGCCUUUUUGUUUUUAGUAAAUUAAUUCAAAGUCA